UUGAUUGUCUCAACUUCCUCUCUCUUUUUACCUUUUUUUCUAUCUACUUUUCUUCUCCUCCAUUCUCAACUGCUCUCAUCUUCUCUCGUCAACAUCAAUUUUCUCAACUUGAUCAUCAAACCACCCCCUCGGAGCCACUCCGCCGACUCCAAGCGAUACCGUUGGCUCAACCCAGCGCCUGGUGGAGCCGCGUUUUAAAGUUGGCCCAGCCCGUGAAAAUCUCUCUCCAAUGAGAUGCCCGUACGUAAUACGAUCGGAGUCGAUUUGGGGUUUUCGGCCAAAAGACUCAAUCACCAUCUUCGUCUUGGAGAAGCUGUGCAUCAGCGUGGAUUUUUCUUUCUGUCUCACUUCUUGUCGGGUCGAUUUAUCGGACUUGAGAAAAUUUACAUAGCAGGAACAAACGACUCAGAGGGAAAAAAUUUCUAACCCAACGUCAUCUCCCCCGCAAUUCACCGAAGUGAGAGCAGCGAUCGCGGAAAUUUCUUGGAGGGGCUAUCGUCGGCGUUGAUUGUGCCUGUCGCGUUGAGCACGCGCCAUUAUUUGAGGACCGCCAGAGGAAUUGAAGGUCGUCGGGCUUUUGUGUCGCCUUUGGUCUGACUUACUUUGACACUCGCAACACUACAUUAUUCUUCGUUGCAGACUUAUCAUCUCAGUCUCAUAUUCACAAUGGGCUCCACGGAGACAUCCUCCUCGAGUCCGGGGCUCCAGAGCCCUCCAGAACUCGCUAUCCUAGAGUCUAGGGUGUUGAUCAUCAUGACCGGUGGCACAAUCUGCAUGCAGCCAUCGCCACAUGGGUUCGUACCCGCAAGAGGAUUCCAGGAGAACUGCAUGGCCCGCGUGCCAUGCUUCAACGAUGGCUCUGCCCCUGCGGAGAUGGACGUGGUGACGCAAGGAGGUCGCGAUAUCACUCCGCAUCCCAGUCUACGCACUCCCGUCACGACCUACGGCCGUCAGGUACGCUACACCGUCUACGAGUUUGAGGAACUCCUGGACAGCAGCUCUAUCGAUGCCAAGGGCUGGGCGGAGAUUGCGCAGACCAUCUUCCAGAACUACACCUUCUUCGAUGGCUUCGUCGUUCUGCAUGGUACCGAUAGUCUGGCAUAUAGUUGCUCUGCGCUGAGCUUCAUGCUGCAGAACCUGGGAAAGCCCGUCGUCCUCACGGGGUCUCAAGCGCCGAUGCUUCAACUCCAAAAUGAUGCUACGGACAACCUGCUCGGUUCUCUAGUAGUGGCCGGCCACUUCAUGAUCCCCGAGGUAUGCUUGUUCUUUAACAACAAGCUCUUCCGUGGAAAUCGCUCCACGAAGGUGGCUGCGAGCGACUUUGCGGCCUUUGAUGCACCCAAUUGCCCGCCGCUGGCCGUGACCACUUCGAUGCGAACCAAUGUCAACUGGGACAUGGUCCACCGGCCGACGAGCUUGGAGCACUUCCGUAUUCAGACGAACCUGGAUACGGCCCAUGUCGCGUGCCUUCGUAUCUUCCCGGGUAUCAAACCGGAGAUGGUGGAUGCCGUCUUGAAGCUGGAUGAGCUACGUGGCUUGGUGUUGGAGACCUUUGGAGCAGGAAAUGCCCCAUCUGGACAAGACAACGCCAUGAUCAACGUGCUGGCCGCGGCCAUUCGACGAGGCAUCGUGAUUGUCAACGUGACGCAAUGCCUGACAGGUAGUGUCAGCCCUGUUUAUGCCACGGGAAUGAGCCUCUCCCGGGCCGGCGUUGUCGCGGGCCUUGACAUGACGACAGAGGCAGCGUUGACGAAACUGGCGUACUUGCUCGCGUUACCAGACUCCACUCCGGAAUCAGUAGCUAAGAACAUGUCAAUAUCGCUCCGGGGUGAGUUGACCGAAUCAUCGCUGCCCGUCUUCCGUCAUCCGGACGGUGCGCUGCCCGAGCGCGUGCAGACGCUGACGGCAAUGGGGUACGCCAUUGCGCAAGGCGAUCUCGAACGGGUUCAGACGAUUCUCAAGACGGAACACCACUGGCUGCUAAAUGAUGCGGAUUACUCAGGGAACACGCCUAUCCACUUGGCGGCUACUUCCCCUGCGAUCUCGAUUCUCCACUUCUUGCUAUCGCAUGGUGGCUCCGUUCACUUGCGCAAUCGUAAUGGACGCACCCCGCUGUUCCUGGCGGCGAACGCGGGCCUAUCAGAGCACGUCUUGCUGUUGCGGAAAUCUGGUGCUCAUCUACACUCUGAUGAGCGACCGGCGGCCGAGCUUCUGGCCCGACGGCGCCCCGGAGUCUGGGGUUUAGCGGGCAUUGACCCUCGUGAGAACCACCAACGCCAGAUGGACGAGGAUGAUCAAAACGCCGGGCGCGGUCGGACAGUGAUGGCCGGGUCAGCACCCUGAGAGGAAAUAGAAAGCGGCGUUCGCGACACGCGAGAGAAGGAGGGGCCAACGGGGGAACAACAACACCAGCAGCAACAUUACCACCACCACGUAGCCAAACCCCGACAUCCCCCAAUUGGCGAAUUGGCAAAUCGGCUCAUAUGUCCCUCUUCCCAAUCUGUGGACGACCGAGGCAGGAAUUCACAUCAUCGCGGGUAGUACAGCGUGUGCGGGCGAUAUGCUAAGCGCAAUGAUCACGCCAGAAAGCCAAGGACCGAUUGGGUCAUUUCGAUGUGUGGGAUUUGCAUGUCCGCGGAGAUCGGGCCCUGCCGCUGGGGCCAGGGAGGAUAGCAAAGGGAGGGGCCAGCCCAGUCGCCAAGUGGGUACCACGCAAGACGAAUAGCCAGCGAGAGUGACGGAGGGCUCAACGAAAAUUUUCUGGGGUUACCUGGGCUGAAUGGCCAAUGCCGGUGCGUCUGGAUGCUGGAUUGGUCCUUCCCCUCCCUCGUCUGCUGAGUUCCGGGCUUUGCAACCCAUUUCGGUUGACUCGAACGAAUUAAGUUGAUAAUUUUGUUUCUCUUCCCCCGUGACUUCUUCAUAGUGAUUGCCUUUAGACAUGAUUGAUAGAUAUUGAUAGAUAGCGAAAGCGAUUAUGAUCUUCAAGAAAAAAAAAUCUGCAAAAUUCCUUGGUUCUUUCGACUUCUUUCCAUGGGUCCGGGGCUCAAGGUUCGGCGACUUCCACAACUUCUUCGGAUGCCACCGUCCGCCCAGUACCUCAGGAGUACCUCAGCAGGUCCUCCGUGCAGCAAUCACUAGUCACCCCCAGCCAAUCCUGCACGCACUACGCAGCUGGCCGAUAGAAUUUUGCGGGGUUUGGCUUUGGCGUUGUUCGUCUGACGAGCUGCUUUCAGCCAUGACACAUCGCGGGCCAAGGGCUUGGGUCAUUCUCAGGUACCUUCGGAAUGCGAUCCGGGAGAUAUUAGUUGACUACAUGACUAACUUGAUGUCUAUUGGGG